AUGGCUGAUGCUGAUCUGAAUGUCGUCCAGGAUGAUCCAUGGUCUUAUCAGGAUCUCUUCUUCACAAGCGAGAAUGAAGAUCACGAAAUAUUCGGAGCUACGAAGAGAAUGUCGAAUUCAUGCCCAACGAGGCACGGAGCUAUAGAAUCCAACAGCAAGUUCGUCAUCCUAGCUCAUACCCUUAAAUCCACCGUUCAGGCCAUUUUCGGUGAUGAUCCAGUCGGGAAUGUAACUCACGAUUUGAGAUAUUCAGAUGAGUUGAUGAGUGUCGUAGCUGAAUUAGAAGAAGGGAAGUGGCAAGCUGAUAUCACUCUUGAUAUACCCGCCACUAUCAGUGGACAGCCCUUCACCUUGAGAAUUCACGCAUCGGAGACGUUACAUAAAACGGAAUUGCACUGGGCUCGAAGUCCCACCACAGGGCGAACCCAAAUGGCAUUAACACUGGACGAGAGGAAUCCAUACUCGCUCGAAAAUCGGAUGAUGGACCAUCGUGAAGCAUACAUCGAGUCAUACCUAGAAAGCAAACGAUCCGAACAUCCUUGGUUCCCCAUUCUCAUCAACACCCUGCAAAAUGGGGUAGAUUCGGCUUUCUACAAAACCAUAGAUGAAGAUCCUAUCUUUGGAAAGGCAGAAUUAAGCUUUGAUAAUGGCUCGCUCCACGCUGAAGUCGCGUCGGAUCGACCUGGGAUUGAGGGGACAAGAACAUGGACGGGUCACAUAAAAUACACCCUCCUUGGACCAACGACCUUUCCGGCUCGGGGGAGAGUGACUUACGAGGGGAUGAUAGAGGAAUAUGACGAUUGA